AUGUCUUCUUAUAAGAAGACCCCGAAGCCUCAGAGAUCCGAUAAUCUUCCAGAGCAUCUCCAAGGAAAGCCUACCUCACCGCUAAAAAGCGCUACCAAGAAGCCCAAACUUGCCCUCAAGUUCCUUGCAAAUGUCGACGAACCUUUUAACACCACUAACACGCCCGAAAACACUGAUUCAAAAAAUUUAUUCAGUCCUGGUCAUGCACCAGGCUAUUUGCAAUGGAGAAGAGCUCUUGCCCCCGACCUAGCUAGUGAAACCGAGGAGGAGAAGAAACAACGACUAAACAAAAGACAUGCCCCAAAGGGUAAAAGAGGCACGCGCUGUAUCGACGAUGGAACCAUUGACCGGAGCCCUGCGAUUCUUGGCAAACCAGACUUAUCUAAACUUGUAGUUAGGUUCAAGACCGAAGAAACCGACGAAUGUUCAAAUGAACUGAUUCAAGGCGAUAUCGAAUUCCAAUACGAGGAUGAAUCAAAGAGCAUUCGAGUGGAUUGGAAUGACGCCAAAUCUUUGCAUGCACUUAAUAAUUGGCGAAAUCAAGUUAUUCGACGAAACAUCGGUAAAGUCUAUGAUAACGGGAACUUUUGGACUGUACAAGAACAAAAGAUACUCACCGAAUUAGUUCGGAGUCAUCUUGAUUCCGAAAAAGAUAUCGAUUGGGCGCAAAUCGCUAGCGAUUACAACUCCUCAAUUGAAAACAUUGAACAGAAUAAAGGAACACCUGGUGCUCCCCGGCGAUAUCGUUGCCAGAGUAGCGAUCAGAAUCCCCGAGAAGCUGUUUGUAUCUCUGUACCACUUCGAGAAAAUCGCCAGAUACCAAAACGGGAUGAUUGGGUCUUGCGCCAAGAGAUGGGUUUCUUCCUCGCUCCCGACGCUACUUCAGUGAUGAAACUACUGCGAGACAGUACCCUUCCCCAGAAAAAUGGUCAUCCACCAGCGAGGACUCGCCGCGAGCAAAGCCAAUUGGGGAAGCGAAUCAAAGAUAAAGUACUUACUCAAGAAUCUCACGACGAGCAAGAAUGCUCUUUUGCUUCUUCUACAUAUGAGGCCGAUCGCUCUAUGGUCGAAGCAUCACCAGAAUUUGCUUCAACUCCAAUUCUUCCUCUUACCCAGCCUCGACCACUUCAACCUCGCCAGAAGGCCAUCGUUCAAAACAAAGCAAAGCCACCUCAUACUCGACCCAGGAAGCGCAAGAUUGUUUAUGAUAAGCCAUCAACUGAUUUGCACCAUUACUCGACAAAUUUUAAUGAGAGUCAAGAAACUGGUGAUAGACGACAAGCUCUUGAUCUUUUGGCUGAACAGGCUGCAAUUAUGUAUGAUCAUUUGCCUGAAGAGUCGAAGUGGUCUGCUCACAGACCUGUUGUACCCACUAUCGCACCUGCACCUACACCUGCUGCAGCUGUACCUGCUCCAGUCAGAUUUAGACCUGUGAAUUUUGGUUCCACUGCAUCUACUCGCAAUACGCCUGUUCAAAUGCCUACUGCUCGCAUGGUACCUUUUUCUAACUCGCCUAUUCCCACGAAACCUGUUCCAUUCGCAUCUGACCUUUCCGCAACGGAAGAAAACACCGCAGAAUCCAGCUCGCACCAUAUGACUCUUACGCAGAUAUCAGACCCUUCAGCAAACCCUCUUAAUCAAAUCUUCACCCAGACACGACCACUUGUUCCUCAUCUACCUGAUUGUGAAGUCAGUCGUCGAAUGAGAGAAACAGCUGGGGAAGAAAUCACUGAAGCCAAUGCCAAAAAACGCAGCACUUCCGAGCCAGCUCCUGGAAUUUAA